CACGAGCCACUAACGGCGGGGGAAACGCUGAGGAGAACAAACAGAAUAGAGUAGGACUGAGGGAGAAAGAGAGAGAGAGACACAGAGAGAGAGAGACAGAGUGGUCGUACCUGCAGAUGACCAUCAGAGGAAAGAACGACAAACAACCGCACGUGGAAGGAGCUGGACAGCAGGAGCCACGCGCAAUAGACCGAAGGAGGCAAUUAAGAGAAAAAAGGGUUAUAGCCAAUCGCAGUGUUCGUUUGCAGGGAUUGUUGGGAUCAAUUAAACGCAAAGACGAGGAUUUUCUACCUUCACGAAGAUUUUCCCUGACUCAAUAUUUCAUUGGCAUUCCUCUCAGACACGGUGCUCUCACUCGUCCAAGACCACCAACGACAUGGUCUGAAAUCCAGCCGCAGACUAAAAGAUAGAACGAUAAAUAGAGAGAUAGAUAGAUAUACAAAACCAAUUUACAGACAAUUAACAUCGAGGUCGUCCAUCUUGUCUGGCCUGCAGGGAGCCGAGUAGAGCCAGAGCAGAGGACGAUGUGACGAUCCAGGACAGGCCAGAACAGCGAGUGGACGAUGGGGAUGAUCAGAGCCUCCAACAUCACUGCAACGCCGUACCCCUCCUCCUCCACCGCCUCCUCCCCCACCUCCUCCUCCUCCUCCUCUCCCACCUCCGCCGCCGCCUGCAGCAUCGACGAGUCCUACAAAUACGUCUUCCUCCCCGUCUGCUACUCGCUCACCUUCCUCUUCAGCGUGACGCUCAACUCGGUGGUGCUGCUGCGCUCCUGCCGGCACCACGGGGGCUGCCGUCGCCGCGGCAACGGCGGCGGCAACGGCGGCGGCGGCGGCGGGCGGCGCUGGAACACCUCCCUGAUCUACAUGGUGAACCUGGCCACCACCGACCUGAUGUACGGCCUGUCGCUGCCCUUCCUGGUGGCCAGCUACAUGCUGCACGACCACUGGGUGUUUGGGGACUUCAUGUGCCGUCUGGUGCGCUUCCUGUUCUACUUCAACCUCUACUGCUCCAUCUUCUUCCUCACCUGCAUCUCCGUACACAGGUACCUGGGCAUCUGCCACCCCAUGAGGACCAUUACCCUGGAGAGCAAAAGGGCCGUGAAGAGCACCUGUGUGCUGGUGUGGCUGGUGGUGUUCAUCCUCACCUGCCCCAUCUUCCGCUUCGCCCAGACGGGCUUCGUCGCCCGGUCGGACGUCCCGGGCGGGGCGGGCGGGGCCUCGGGCAACGCCACCGGGCUCCCGGAGGGCUACAUCAACUGCUGGGACGACGCCAUCGACGAGGAGUUCUCCGACUACGUCCCGUACGGCAUGGUGCUCCACCUGCUGGGCUUCUUCGUGCCCUUCAGCAUCAUCGCGUGGUGCUACUCCCAGGUGGUGCGCACCAUCUUCCGGACGCUGCGCUCGCCGCCCAGCUCCGUGGGGGGUUACGAGGACGGGGUGGUGUCCGGGGACGGCGGGCUGGGCUCCAGCGGCGCCCGGGAGCGCACCUCGGUGUCCAUCUCGGGCUCCCAGCACUCCCACUACAUCCGUCGGCGGCGCAAGUCCAUCAAGACCAUCGUGACCAUCACGCUGCUGUUCGCGCUCUGCUUCCUGCCGUUCCACGUGACGCGGACGCUGUUCCUGCUGCUGCGGCGCGGCCAGGCGGGCAGCUGCAACGCCAUGAAGGCCGUGUCCAUCUGCUACAAGGUGACGCGCCCGCUGGCCUCCUGCAACGCCUGGCUCAACGCCCUGCUCUACUUCCUGACGGGGGACAAGGGCCCCCCGUGCUGCUCGGCCCAGGGGCCCUCGCGGCCGCACCCCGACCGGCGCAACGGGGCCCUCUGGUGGCCCCUGAAGAUCCUGAAGAAGGAGGGGGCGGCCGGGGAGGAGGAGCCGCAGGGGGAGGAGAGGGGGGAGAGGAGGGAGAGGAGGGAGAGGGAGGAGAGAGAGAUGAGGUUGGAGAACGAGUCCAAAUCUUCCAGGGUUAUCUUCUAAGAGGAUGCACGGCAUAAAAGGAAGUGAUUGUAGAUUAUGCUGCAAGGACAACAAAGCAACGGUUUAUUAAUGGGCCAUUAGCACACUAUUAGUGAUAGCCUUGAGUGCAGGUCAAUAACCCCCCUAAAUAAACCAGAUACAGUCAAGGUAGCGAAGCAUGGUCUGCUAUAGCGGAGAUGGUUUCCUAGACUGGUGAAGCUGGAUUUAUGUGGCCCUUUGACAGGUGCACUGUAUGUUUAAUUCAUGCAAAGUUGUCGAAUUUGAUUUAAGGUCAGGCACCCUCCAAGUGUUUUCUGAUAGCAAAACAGGUUGAAAUGUCAGCUUCAAAUUGUGUAUCGUGUUCAUAUGUAACGGCCAGUGUGUGAAAACGGGGACGUCUUUUCAUUGGUCCUCUGGUUCAGCUGGAGUUCAUACCUUUAGUUUGGAAGUUCCAGGUCAGCACAGCCUUAAGUUGGCUCUGUGCCUUGUUUAUGGUUUACAUAUGUUGUUCUGAAGGCAGCAAUUAUUAGCCAAGUUAAUUAUAUAUCUGGUCAUCUGGAGGUGACACAUUCGCCAGCUUAUUCAUAAAAAACACAUCCAGUCCUUGCUGAGUCACCUCUUUUUGGCAAUAAGGACAGCCACUCUCUUACUACUACAGGACAUUUCCUAAUGUCCUUUUUGUACAUCGCGUUAUGUAAUUAUCUUGAUGAUCAUGUGACUGGGGUUGUCUAAUACUGGGUUGUGGAAGCAGGGUAUUGUUUACUGCUAUGUCCACGACUACUGCUAAUACUAUGCCUACUACUACUACUACUACUACGUCUACGAAUACUGCUACCACUACUACUAAGUCUAGUACUACUACAACGGCUACGACUACUACUACUACUACUACGACGACAUGUUAUAAUUGUUUACUACCAAAAUAAAAUAUGGACUACUCGAAAUGUCAGCCUUCUAUGAAACAAAUACAUUGAAAACACAUUGAUUCCAUGUAUAGAAAUGACCGGGGAAAUAUCUAUAGGAUAGUUUUGUGUAUCAUGUAAUAACUUGAUAAAAACAUGAUGGGAUCAAGGAAAAAUAUUGAGAGCAACACAUGUUGCAUAGGGGUCGAGUAACUUACGGAAUUAAUUGGGUAAUACCUUACAAUAAGGAUACAUUAGGUAACCAUUACCGUAUUGGUCCGAAUAUAAGACGGCCUUUUUUCCCCUCGAAAUAGGUCCAAAAAAGUCGGGUCGUCUUAUAUUCGAACCAAUACGGUAAUUAAAAUUAGUGAAUGCAGUAAUAAUAUUUAGGAUAUAGCAUUAGCAUAGGAGUUAGGUUUAAGGUUAAUAUGGUUAUCAAUUUAAUAGCUUAGAACAUAAGGACACCAUUAUUAAACAUGAACACCAUUAUUAAAAGAUUGCUAGCCCAUAAGUUAACUGUUACUUAAUGGUUAAUUAAUGUACUCUUAUUGUAAAGUGACCGCAGUGGUUGAACUGAUUAAUUAUUUUAAUGUUGGGAUUGUACCAUUCUGGGUGAAGCAAACUGAUGAUAAUAUCAAUGAUGGGAGAUAAUAAGUGACUUAAUAUUGUAUAUGUAUAAAAUGAUAUUGUUUAGCUUCUUAACAAUAAAGUCAUAAUGAUGCGUCAGAGAACAAUGCAGAAAAACGAUUGAAUGGGAAGAAUUGAAAUGUUAUUUAAAAAGCUUUUAAUUAAAAGUAAAUGUAACUGGAAAAUUCAAAUCCUUUGAGAAAACACAAUGAGAUAUUUAAAAUCAAAAUAAACAAGACAUUGUAUAUUUGUACCCUA